UAUUAUAAAAUCAUAUGACAAUUGAUAAGAUUCAUAACAAAAAAUAUUACUAUCUAUAAUUAUUUGGCAUAUUAUUUUACAACUGUUUAGUGUUUAUGGUAUAUAUUAUUUGCAUAGUUUUUGUUGUUUCUAUAAACUAUAAUUUUAGAUUCUUGACCUCGUGCUUCCAAAAUCGUUGUAUAGUGGAAAGUCGACUAUCAAUAUAAUUCGUGAUCAAAAUAUUUUCAGUUGAAAUUUAAAAUGGACGCCUUUAUGAUGAUACAACGAAAAAAGUUAACCAUAUUUACAGAUGCUAAAGACAACAUAUUGGUUAAUGAACUCAAAAAGAUUAUUGGAUGUAUCAUAAAAGUAGCACCAGCAAAUCAACAACUGUACUACAAAGAUGAAAUUAUGGACGACACAAAAACACUGUCAGAAUGUGGUUUGAAUUCUACUAUUGCUAAGGCACAAAGUCCAGCUACUAUUGGUUUAGCAUUGAAGAUGGAUAAUGGAGAAUUUGAGCCAUUAGAAAUGGUACCAUACUCAUUGCCACCAGAAUUGCCAUAUGUCAUGAAAAACCAAGAAACUAAUGGCCAAGAACCACCUAUGUAAACAGCAAUCACUAAAUAACAUGUUCAAAAAUGGGAUUUUUUUUUUAAUGGUUUACAAAUAAGUGAAAAAUAGCAUCUCAGCUUAAACUAAGAAUUUUUUUUAUGAUUGUCAACUGGUUAUAGUACUUUUUUUUUUAUUAUAUAACCUUAUUUUAUAUUUUAUUUAUAAUCAAUAAACAUGUCAUAAUUAUGAAAAUGGUAACAUAAGCACUAAACAAAUUAAACAAUAUUUUAUAAAGUUAUUCAAAUUUGUUCAUUUAAACAAUAUAUCAAGAUAUUCAAUUUGAUAAUUUAACAUUUAAAACAUUUAAUAUAAAUGAGUUCAAUAUAAUUAAUUUAGUUUGUAUAUUAUUUUCAAAAAAAAAAAAAUAAAAACGUAUUUGAUACAAAAUAUUACCUACCUACAUAUUAUAGUAAGAUGUUUAAAUUACUAUUUACCAUAAUACUAUGUAUUUUCAAGCAGGGAAUAAAAAUAAUUUUAAAGCAUUGAA